CUGUCUCAGCUGUUAACAACAGUCUCCAACAUGAAUCCAGGGAUAGGAGGAGGAGCUUUUGAAUGGGUGGACAGUGUCUUGGUCAAAGCUCUGCAGAAUGGCUCAUGGCUGCUAAUUGACAAUGUCAACUUUUGCAGGUUGGUUGCUGGUACAAUUUGUUUUAUAAUCAUAAGUUUGCCUUUUCCAUUAAAAUAAAUGUUUAUUUGAAGAAAAAAAAUCAUUUGAUAGUGCUGUAUUUGACUGUGUAAAAGUGUCAUAGAUAAAAGAAGGAAAAUAAUUGUUUAUUUGAAAAAAAAAUCAUUUGAUAGUGUUGUAUUUGACUAUGUAAAAGUUUCAUGGAUAAAACAAUCUUAAAGAAUUCAAACUGACAUAACUGACAGAUUUCCUCCUAACAGUGAACUUUUGCAUGUAAAAAAAAACAGUUGCUGAUACUAAGUGGCCUCAGCUUACUUGAUACAUCAGUUCAGACAAGGAUGUUAAUAAAGCAGCUAUUUUUUAUUACAUUUUUUAUUUCAGUGCAUCAGUUCUUGACAGACUGAAUGCCCUACUUGAACCCAAUGGUGUCCUCACCGUCAAUGAGAGAGGAACAGUGGAUGGGACCAUUCUAACCAUCACACCUCAUCCUGAUUUCAGGUUGGUUUCUGUUGUUUUACUUGCAUUGGCUUUCUUUGUUUUCGAAAAGGUUGAUUGAACUUUUCCCCAGUUCUUAAUGGUUUACAUUUAAUGUUUGCUUGAAUUAAGACAGGUUGUAAUCUGCAAGGUGCAACUAUGGAUAUCUUGUUAGAAGUAAAUUCUUUGCAGCUUUACUUAGUUGAUUGAUGUAAUGAUUAUUGAUUGAUCUGAUAAAAAGUUGAAUUUAAAUAUGAUUACCGUGCAGACUGUUCUUUGCUAUGGACCCAAAACGUGGAGAAAUUUCAAGAGCCAUGAGAAAUAGAGGGAUUGAGAUUUACAUCUUGGGAGAGGUAAAAAGACAGUCUUUAACAUCAGCCAUAUACAUUUGAUUGUCAUUUCCGAUCAUAUACAUUUUUUAUAUAGUUACAAACUAAGACUUGAGAGUGAUGCCUGAUGGAUACACAUACACUAUAAUCUAUGAACCAGUUGUCAUGGGUAAUACAUUAAUUUCAACAUUUCUUUGUUUAUAUAGCAGAGUUAAUGGGUUGAUAUUAAGGAAAUCAGUCCCAGCUAAUGUUAAGUUGUUGCAUAUGGGUAUUUCAUAAAAUUACCAUCAGCAUAUGAAUACUUUCAGGAUGACGAAUGCUCCUUCAGCAAAGAGGACAUUUUGUCAAUGCUGACUGCCACAGGACUGGGCAAUUCCAGAUUGAGUGAGUGGCUGCUCCACCUCCACACAACCCUCAAGUCCAGCCUGCCAUUCAACGAGAGGCCUGUCAUUGCAGACCUCCUGCAUGCUGGAGCAAUGUUUGCCCAGCUGACCAGUAAAGGCUUCAGUGCCGUAGAAGCAGCAAGCCACGUGGUAGAAGAUGUUUAUGUUAGCAACAAGAGGAGCUCCACUACCAAGCAGGUACUGCUGUUGAUCUUCAUGUUGUAG